UAAUCGAGUUUUUUAAUGUCAUACUAUAAUAUAGUCUGUGAUACUACCUACUCAUACUAAAAUGUUUGUUGUAUAAUAUUCAUUGCUCGUGGGAAACGUAAUGAAUUCUUAACGAUUAAUAUUUGUCAUUUGUUAGUGACUAGUUAUCGUAUUUUAGUCGUGAUUCGAAACUGAUCAAAUCUUUUGAUUUUAGCCAUAAAUGAUUGAUUUUAUUUUAUUUUUUACUUUACAUCUUUAUGUUUAAUCUUUCUAUGAUCUCAACUGUCGCAGUGUUUAUAUGAUCUGCGUACCGAGUGUAAUAUUCACGCACGCACUUUUGGCAAUUGUAUUAUUUCUCAACGGCCCGCAGUUACUUACGUUUUACAACUAAAUACCACACUGGUUGCUUAGUGUUUAUUGUUUAUUUGAUGUAUCUAAAUAUGUUCCUCAGGAGAUUUUAAUAAUCUAGAACAAACGAAAAUACAAUAGACACAUUAUUCAUUUAUCAUUUACAGAUUAUAUUUGUGAAAUAUCAACUACCUACCUACCUAAUUAUAUUAUGAUUUGAAAUUUAUGACUCAACAUGUCACUUAUCAUAAAAUCUGAAUCUGAUGUUGUGGAGUUGUCAUCAGAUGAAGAAUCCAUAACACUCCCGAGAAAUAGACUUCCUAAUCCCAGAGACCGCUCUUCGUCACCAGAUACUCAAUGUUCAAUUUGUCUUGAUGGUUUAACCAAUAAAUGUUAUACAAAUUCAUGUUGGCAUUUAUUCUGUUUUGAAUGUUUAAAACGAUGGUCAACUUCUGAACCAACCUGUCCAUUAUGUAAGAAAAGAUUCGAAAGUAUUUUUCAUUCAUUUGAUGAUCAAGGUGACCAUCAAAUAUAUGAUGUUCCUCCAAGAUACAUCACAGAUCCUGUUAUACCAAGAUUAAUGGUACGGCCAAUGACUGAUUUAACAGAUGCAAGCCAUAUAAACAGCAUAUUCAGAGUGAAUUUUUAUAUGGAUAUUGUACGUAGAAAUGUGAGAGGGAAUGACAUGGGCCUUUUAGCUAAUUUAUAUGACCGAAACAAUCUUGAAAAUGGUCGAUUUUAUGAUGCAAAUCUGGAUACAACAUAUUCUUCACAAUUGAUGGGUCAAGCAGCAAGAAUACAAGUGUAUAUUGAAAAUGCAUGGGCUCAACCAUUACCUGAUCUAAGUGGCCGUUUUAGAGAUUGUAGUUCAGAUUUCUUUCGAAAUAAUCCAGCUCAAGUCCAUAGAUUACAACCAUUCAUCCUUAGAGAUAUUAUUGCCAUAAGGGAAUCUGCAAGAAUAGAGGGUGAGCCCAUGGAUAUGAGUGACAAUAAUGUUUGUAUUGUGACACAUUUGAUAAUGCGAUCACUAACAGCUUAUGAAAUAAGAGAGGGGUUUAUGGUUAACAUCUUAAGGCCUUUUUUGCAUUGGCGUGCAUCACAUUUUUGUCAUGAACUAUAUAAUUUUGCCAAUAGUCCAUAUGAUAUAGUUGGCUAUGAUCGCAAUGUUCAAUUUUCCCUUCGCACUAGGACUUCACCUCCACCGGAUCAACUACCUGAACUUAAUGAAAAUGCAUCAAAUUUUUUAUCAGAGUAUGUACCAUCAUCAGAAAUUCUACUAGAAAAUCCUAAUCGAGUUAUUGGUGAAACAAUUGUAUUGGAUUCAGAUAAUGAAGAACCUCAAUUGCCAAUAUUGGAAGUUAUCGUCGUUAGUUCUAGUGGUGAUGAUUCUGAUGUUGAAAUUCUAAGUCACUCCUUCCGUCCUAUUGAAUCAUUGGAUUCUGCUUCAAUAGACCAACCAUCAACAUCUACUGGAAUUCGAGAUUCAUUAGAUCGACCAAACAAUAGGUACAAUUUAAGAAGACGGAGAUUACAAUCUGUACAAUCUCGAUAUCCAUUUCGAGCAAGAAGAAGGCCCAUUGUAGAUUCUUCAUCAUCUGAUGAAGAAUCAAUUAUUACUACUCGAAGUUCUGAAACUGAUCGUAUGAAAUCUCGAGAUAUUAAUAACAAAAAGAAAAUAAAAUCAAAAAAAAAGAAAAUUAAAAAAAAAAAAGUAAAUAAUGAUUCAAGGUCUGAAUUCCGCAGCAUCAACAGAAAUCGUUCAUAUUCAGAAUCCUCAUCUUCGGGUGAUACAGACGUAAGACCAAAUAACAAUUUUAUUCAUGCUGAUAUAAGUGAUAUUGUAUUAUAAACUAAUAUUCAUUUGUUAAAAGGAAGAAUUCUUGUAAUUAUCUGACCCCGGACCUUAAAAAUAUCAAUACUAUAAAGCUUUUUUAUAAUCACUUACCAUAAAAAUCAGUUACUAGUAAAAUUAAAUAAAGUUAUGAGCAAAAAGUGAUAAAUAAGUUAUUAUUUAUGUUUUAAAUAACUUAACUAAAAUGUUAUGUAUAUACUAUUUAUUGUAAUUUUAAACUUAUGUAUUGUGUAAUCACAGUAGAAGUUUUGAUUGUCAGUCUAUUUAAACAAUAAUAGACAAUUUUUAAUUUUAUUUAAUUAAACAAUUUGUGUGUUUGAUGCCUAAAAAUUAAACAAAUGUAUCAUAUUCUUAAUAUGUUAUGUAUAAAAAUGAUUUAAUCAUGAAUUUUGUAAAAUUAUAAACCUAUUUUCUUUUUC